AUGGCCGACUUUCCUUCCAGUUUUGCCAAAAGGCAAUUGGAAAAGUUUGGAUGGUCCAGUGGAUCUGGUUUGGGGAAGAAUAAUAAUGGUAUUGCGGAGCCAAUUAAAGUUAAAAAGAAAUUCAGUCGGUUAGGCCUUGGUGCCACUUAUGAUCUAUCUAAAAACGAAGAUGAUUUUUUUGACAAUUUAUACAAUAAAGCUGCCAAGGGUCCUAAAGACAACUCUCCAGACAAGUCCACCGGUUCUCUUACCGUCACAUAUGACUCAUCUAAGCUAAAGAGACAACAGAAAGUUGCCUUCCAACUGCGUACCGUUUUGAAUGGUGCCAAAGAUACUGAUGCCGAACAGAAGGAAAAGAAUAGGCGAAAACGUCAAAAAACUCCUACGCCCAACACUGGAACUUCAGAUAGUUCAAAUAAUGAGGAGGAACAAUUUCCAAACAAGAAGUCCAAUAAGCGUAAAAGGAAAUCAAAAGAUUUCCUUCCUCACAGCUUUUCGGAUUCCUCUUUGCUUGAUUUUGGAAAAUUAUCCAGAAAACCAACACUUGGAAGUGGAAAGCUGGCCAGGGCAGCUGAGUUUAUUUGA